AUGAGGGAGAUUAUACACGUACAAGCUGGACAGUGUGGUAAUCAGAUAGGGGCUAAGUUCUGGGAAGUGAUUUCCGAUGAACAUGGUAUUGACCCCACUGGUUCUUACCACGGUGACAAUGACCUUCAGUUGGAGCGUAUCAAUGUAUACUUCACAGAAGCAACAGGCGGCAAAUAUGUGCCUCGUGCUAUCAUGGUGGAUUUGGAACCAGGUACAAUGGACUCUGUGCGAUCUGGACCUUUUGGCCAAAUCUUUCGUCCAGAUAACUUCGUGUUUGGUCAAAGCGGUGCCGGCAAUAACUGGGCCAAGGGACACUACACAGAAGGUGCCGAACUCGUAGAUUCCGUGUUGGACGUAUUGAGGAAAGAAUGUGAGAACUGCGAUUGUCUUCAAGGGUUUCAGAUGACUCAUUCUCUUGGUGGUGGUACUGGAUCUGGUAUGGGAACACUCCUGAUUAGUAAGAUCAGAGAAGAAUAUCCUGAUAGAAUCAUGAACACAUUCUCUGUUGUUCCUUCUCCUAAGGUGUCUGAUACGGUUGUAGAACCCUACAAUGCCACGUUAUCUGUUCAUCAACUCGUUGAGAACACUGAUGAAACUUACUGUAUCGACAAUGAAGCCCUCUAUGAUAUUUGUUUCCGCACCUUGAAGCUUACUACUCCAACUUAUGGUGAUCUCAAUCACUUGGUUUCAGCCACCAUGUCCGGAGUAACCACAUGCUUGCGUUUUCCUGGACAACUUAACGCCGACUUAAGGAAGCUUGCUGUUAAUAUGGUACCAUUUCCUCGCCUCCACUUUUUUAUGCCAGGGUUCGCCCCAUUAACCUCUCGAGGUUGUCAACAAUACCGUGCACUGACCGUACCCGAGUUGACACAGCAGAUGUUCGACGCUAAAAACAUGAUGGCCGCUUGUGACCCACGGCAUGGUCGUUACUUGACCGUCGCUGCUAUGUUCCGUGGUCGUAUGUCAAUGAAAGAGGUCGAUGAGCAAAUGUUGAACGUUCAAAACAAAAACAGCAGCUACUUUGUCGAAUGGAUCCCGAACAACGUAAAAACAGCCGUUUGCGACAUACCACCUCGUGGUCUGAAAAUGUCGGCUACGUUCAUCGGUAACAGCACUGCCAUUCAGGAACUGUUUAAACGCAUUUCGGAGCAGUUCACUGCUAUGUUCCGAAGGAAAGCUUUCUUGCAUUGGUACACUGGUGAAGGGAUGGAUGAGAUGGAGUUCACAGAAGCUGAAUCCAAUAUGAACGACUUGGUGUCCGAAUAUCAGCAGUACCAAGACGCUACAACCGAAGAAGAAAUUUUGAUAGAAGAGGCCGAAGAUGAAGAGGCUUAA